AUGGAAACUUCCUAAUCACAAGCCAAAAAUUCUGUUUUAUCUAAUAUCACUAAUGAUCCAAGUAUUCAAUCUGACACCUCAAUGAAAUAAGGCUCUAAAGCUUAUUAUGAAAAAGAUGAUCUUUUUCUUAACUCAUAGAUGCCAAAUGAAUAAAAAUAAGAUGAUGAAGAUGAAAGCGAAGAUGAGGAAUCUGAAGAGGAAGGAAUUGAAAUUGAUUUCCCAAGAGAUAAUGCUUAGGAUUUAGUCCAAUUUCUCCAUAGAGAGCUUAAUAAUCUUUAGAAUAUGGAAGAUGGCUAGAAGAGAAAGUUCGCAUUGAUCAAGAUGUAUCAGAUUUUUGUUUAGGCAAAAAACAAAGCACCUAAUAGAAUAUACUAGGAGCUAUUACCAAUGAUAUAAAAACCCUUAUUUAAGCGACUUUCUGAUAAAGUUGAAAAAUGCAGGGAGAUUGCAGCUUUGAUUAUCAAAGAAUUCUUUCAUAGGUCAGAUGAUAUUACUAUGAGCAUCCCAUAUAUAUUGCCAAUUCUAGUAGAAAGACUCAAUGCUGAAAAUCUGGAAGGAACCGAGGGACUCCCAGAUGUCAUGAAACCUCCUAUUACUUAGAAGCCAUAAGUAAUGGUUGCGCAAACCGAAACAAGUGAAGAAGUUAGAGUAGUUCUUGCAGAAAUUGUUACAGUUAUCGUAUCUUAAACCGUAUUCGAUUGCUUAAGAGCAUAUGUUGAUCAAUUGGUCAAUAUUGUUAGAGCAUUAUGCAUGGAUCCAUUUGGAGAUGUCAUUAUUGAAGGAUGUAAUGCCAUGUCAGAAUUAGCUCAAAAUGGAACAGAUUAACUUCUACAUUUUAGUGAGAAUAUGGGUAGAUCUCUAUUCACAUCUUUUGUUAGUAAGCACGCAAAAGUAAGAAUGGCAGGAAUUAAAGCUCUUUAUUAAGUAUUUUUCUGUGGAGUCUGGAAAUAUAAUGCUAAUAUCAUGGAGCAUCUAAUUGGCUUUAGAGAUCCUAACUUAGUUCCGAUAAGAGAUUUUUAUGAUGUUUCAACAAAGCUUAACUACUUUGCAAUCUUGGUAUCAGAUAGAUCUACUGUUGUAAGAGAUUUAUUUUAUAAGACAAUAGCUGGAUUAUCAAUGAAACUUCCAGAUAAAAAAGAUCACGAGGGUAGACUAUUCCCCUAUCUUAUAAGUGGGUUAUAUGACCAUAAUGAUGUUAUUAGAGAAAGUGUGUUUGAUUUGAUUGAGGAACUUGGAAAAUAGUAUGAGGAAGAAUACGAAAAAGAUAUUAGAGAGCUCAAGUAAUUAGGGUUUAACCCUGAGUGGACAUUUAACGGUAAAGUCAAAGAUUCUGAUGUAACUUUGCCUCUUCCUUUUAUUCAUAGACCUUGUCUUGGAUCUAGAAUUCUUGUCAGAUCUUAUGUAAGAAGAUAUCUGCACGCCCUCUACAAAGAAAUAACAGACUGGAUUUAAGAGAAUAGAGAAAGAGCUUCUAAUUUAUUGCUUUGCUGUAUAAUUUAUACUGAAGACUUUAUGACCUAAUUUAUGGACCAUUUACUACUGUCUCUCUAUAAAGCAGUCCUAGAUAAAGAGAACAAAGUUGUAAUGAAGAAUAUUCCACUUUGCCUUAAAUUGAUUGGAAGAUAUUGUGCUCCAAGAACAUAUGAUAAUUUCAUUCUAUAGGCUAUUAGAAGUGAACUUUAAUCUUAUCUUCCUCAUACUUAGGCUGGAGCUUUGAAAGCAUUCGGAUAUGUCUUUUAUGGAGCCGUAGAGAUCAUUCCUAAUGAUGAAAAUUUAGAUAAGGUCGAUAACUUAUUGUCAGAAUUCGUACGAUCAGUAAAUGAACAAAUCCUUGACUCUCUUGAUCAAGAACUUGCUGAUAACUUGAUAUACAGUCUAUCGCAGAUUAUUGAAAUCCUGAGUCUUAAGCAAGAAAAGGAAUUCAAUAUUAAACAAUGGUAGAAACAUGAAAAAGACUUCUUCUACAUGAUUAUUAGAUGCUUAGGAGUUUACCACAAUCUUAAGAUGUUAAAUAAACCAGACAGUGAUCAUGUCAUAGAGUAAAAGAAAUUGUGCAUUAAAUUAUUGAAUAAUCUAACUUAGGUCAGUUCUAAUCCAGAAGUAGACUUUUUUGAAAGUAAUCUAAGAAGUUAUUUUAACGAAUAGUUUGAAACUGAGGAGGUUAUUGACAAAGCAAGAAACUGGGCAAUCUUGAAUCAUAGAUGGAGGAUGUUUUAUGCAGUUUUUGAGUUUCUUGAAGAUAAGCAUUUUCAAUAUUACCUAGACUCUGAUGCAAAAAUCACUAUCCAAGAUAGAGUUGGCUAAAUUAUCUCUGCUAUAUUGAAAAAUGGAGAUAGCCAAAAUUAUAAUGUAAAAUAUCUUGCGCUUACUUAGUUACUACCAAUGUUCGUCAAUAAAUCAAUUAAAAUAGUAAAUCCUAAUCUAAGCUUAGUUUACCUUAAUAUUUUAUAACAGGCAGCCCUAACUGAGUGGAAAAACCCAGAUUAAAAACUUAAAAAUUUAGUUCUUAUUUAGAAAUAGCAUCACGAUCUACUUGAUCUUGAGGGAGUAAAGCUGAAUGCCGAGGUUUUAGAGAAGUUUGAUGAGUUCAUGCUCAGCUUCGAAAUUUUCCAUAAGUUGAAGAAAGAUAGUAUUAGAGUUGAAACAUUGAAAAUAAUAAGAAGAUAUUUGGAUUUAUUUAUUACUCAAAUAGUAACCUAAAAAGGCUUAAACUCCAAAUUGAAGCUAUUUUCUAAGUUAAAAUUUAUCUCCUAACUAUCUGAAGAACUAAUUAAAUACCUUACUGACUAUCAUGAUUCAGUUAGAGAGCAAGCCUAACUUUUAUUGACUGAUAUAAUCAGAGAAUUCUUACCCUAAGAGCUUUAAUUUGACUAGGAGUAGGAUUAACUUCUACAGAUGCUCAGAUCAAAUGCUUCAGUUGGAUUUAGUAGUUAGAUGACCCAGAAACUCAAAGAUGCUGCUGAAAUGGAAAGUGCAAUGACUAAGCAUGCUUUCGAUGAUCCUUAGGCGUUUAUCAAAAAUAUAGUCGCCAUUAUGAUGGAUGAAACUCACGGAAGAGAGAACUUAAUUCUAAUUAUUAAGGAAUUCAACAAAAAGACGCCAUUUAUGGUAUUAAAUGACUAUAGAAUAGCCUACUAAUCAAAUAGUCUAAGAAGGGUUGAGAUUCUUAAGACCCUUAUUUUCUAAUGA